CUCUCACUCUUAACCGUUCUGAUUUGCAAAUAACAUCGGAAACUGUAACAACCAUUUUUUGUUGUCUGUGUAACAAUUUUUUUCAUCAUUGCAAUAUGAAUAACAAAAUGUCAGCUCAAGUGACCAAACAAAAUGUUGACAACAGCUUUUUUGCAUCUUAAAUAAUCAAAUAUUUUUUUCCCUCAUUUUGCGUGCGUAAUUAUUGUUUACCAAAACUUAGUCAACUUUACCUUUAUAACGAUUCAAUGGCAAGUCAACAUAAUCACUUUACUCCCAGCCAUUCAUUGAGUUGGUUUUAAAUAUUGCUUGUUGCUAAUCAAGUGAUUGAUAUUUAAAUAUAUUAUAAUUAGACGUAAAUAUUUACAUUGAUAAAUUGUGAUUCAACAAUCGGCUGCUUUUGUCUUUUGAUUUAAAUUUUUUCGGGACAAAAAGCAAAACUUAUUCUUCUUUUUUUCCUCACUUUUCAACAAAAUUGAUUGUGCUUUUCCGUGUAAUUGUUUACUUGUUAAUCGUUCAAUUGUCAUCUUGACACUGUUUAAUUGUUGAAAGUGCAAAUCGUUGAGUCACUUUUUUCCUUCUCGCUACUUUGAAUAACCAAAAUUUAUCAAUUUUGAGUUUUAAAAGAAACUGGAUUUUGACCGUAAAAAAUUUGACCAAAGAAGACCAAACUAAACAGACAAAAUAUGACUGAUUUAGAAGUGCUUGAACAAUGUGCCAAACAACAGCAAAUUAAAUUGGUUAACUUGGGAUUGAAAUCGGUAAAUUCACCUUUCCAUCUUUCUCAUCACCAUUUAUUGGAUUCACCUGAUUCAAAAGAAUCAGCUCGGUUUAAGGUUCGUUACAUGGCCAAUGAAGAUUACGGAAUGAGUGAAAAGAUUGAUGCUGGCCAAAAUGGUAAUCACAAAGAAUCAAAUAAUUAUUGUUCCGAUAAUUCUGAAAUGGACGAUCUGGAGCCAGACGAUGACUGUGAUUCAAUGGAUUCGGAAAAAUCUCUUAAUUUGACUAUGGGAGAUAAUUCAAUGGAUACGUCAACUCCUACAUCAACUACAACGGUUAUCCCAACAAAUUACAGUGAUAAACAUUUUUCAUCAUCCAAUGGAACCGUCAAUCUGAUCAAUAAUUUAUCAUCUCUCAAUCCUGCUAAUCGAGUUAUCCUUAAUCCUGUUUCCAAUGUAUUCAAUUCACCUUCAAUAUCAUCACCUUUACCACCAAAUACGGCUAAAACAACGGCAUCAACAAAUCAAACAGCAUUUUUGCCUUCAUCUUCUCAAUCCCCUUCGUCUGGUCAUUCAACAUCGCCUCCAACAAUGUCUCCACUUCCUGCCUCUUCACCUUUAUCAUCAUCAUCACCAAAUGCAUCAGCGGCAUCAGCUAAUAAUUUACACCAAUUAGACCAAUUACAGGGUAUACCAUUGAAUCUUAAGGGUGGAGGAAAUGGAAAUGGUGAAAGUGGAAUAAACACUAGAACAGGUAACGCUAAUGCUAGUGGAACUGAUUUAACGAUAAAUGGUUACAAUGAUCUCUCCUCGGGCUCUAUCAAUGGUAAUAACAAGAGUAAAAAUGACAAUAAAAGCUUGCCAUCAAACACAAUCAAUGGUAAUAAUGAUAUUGAUGGUGGCUUAUCCAAUUCAAAUGAUCUCUCAACUGGUUCAUCCUUAAAUCGUGGAGCCAAUUCAUUAGCACCUAAUUUGUUAGCAUCAGCAGCGGCUUUGGCAGCAGCAGCAACAACAGGAUCUAAUUUACCAAUCAAUCAAUUGGCACAGUUAAUGGCUGCUGCUGGUGCAGCUCAAGGGCAAUUAUUAUUGCAAGCUACAUUAGCUCAGCAAUUACAACAAGCAACUUCUAAGAUUCAAGUUACACCUAAUCUAGGUGGAUUUCCAUUAAAUCCUAAUGAUUUACAGCAAUUUCAACAGCAAUUACAGCAACAACAGCAAAAUUUACAAAGCCUUCAACAGUUAAUUCUCCUUCAAUCAACUGGACAACUGGCUCCUAAUUUACAAACAAUGUUAUUACAGAAUCAGGUUGAACAAGGUUAUCUUCAACAAACACUGCAAUCUUUAGCUGGUCAUGGAAUGUCCUUACCUCAAGUAGCUGUAGCUGUUCAACAAUUGCAACAACUUCAAGAAUCACUUGGUCUCAAUGGUUCAUCUCCAUCAUCUUCAUCAUCAUCAACCUCAUCUUCAUUGUCUCAGGAAUUAUCAUUAAACAAAUCGUCACCCACAGCUAAUCACCAUCAAAAUUUAUCCAUCUCUGUUAAUAGUAAUUUUCACAAUGGCGAUAACAAUGCUAAUCAUAAUAAAAGUGAUCGGAAGUCAAGUCCCAUUCCUGAUCGACGAUCUCCUUUGACAAUUAAGGAAACAGCUCAACAGCAGAUAAAUCGUUUGCUUGGCUCAAAAUCAUCUAAAUCUAUGGUUAAACAAGUGAAUGGUCGCGAAACUCCUACAACAAUUAUAACAUCAGCGGGAUCAAUGGCAAAUGUCAUCAGUACAUCAACUCAAAGUCCAUCUUCAUUGUCAUCUUCAUCCUCCUCCUCAUUAUCAUCUUCUCAUACAUCAUCGUCUUCAAUAUCAACCAACUCAUUAUCUAAUGUUAAAGUCAGUCAAUUAAUGUUAUCAUCAUCAUCAACAACAUCCGCACUAAACAAUAGUCAUAAUAGUGUUACCAAUAGUCUUAGUAAUAAUUCAAAUAAGCAAAACUCAAGAAACACUUCGGACCCAUCGGAUGUUUUCUGCAAUCAAAAUAAAGUAAUUAACUUAGUUAACCAUCACCACAGUAUUAAUGGUUUAAAUGAUCCCCUUUCAUCGGCAUCGUCUGCAUCUUCCUCAUCUUCAUCUAAUUCACAUCAUCAUCAACUAUCUUCUGUACGAUCUCGUACAGAAACAAGUCCAGAGGAAAUGACUGAUCUUGAAGAAUUGGAACAAUUUGCUAAAAUGUUUAAACAGCGAAGAAUCAAAUUGGGUUAUACCCAAGGUGACGUUGGUUUGGCAAUGGGUAAACUGUAUGGAAAUGAUUUCAGUCAGACAACAAUAAGUCGCUUCGAGGCUCUUAACCUGAGUUUUAAAAACAUGUGCAAAUUAAAGCCGUUACUGGAAAGAUGGUUGAAAGACGCUGAUGCCUCCCUGACCAAUCCUGGAGUCAUGUCAUCGUCCCAGGCUUCAGCUGAUGCCAUUGGAAGAAGGCGCAAGAAGAGGACAAGCAUUGAGACAACAGUACGUGUUGCCCUUGAAAAAGCAUUCAUCUCUAAUCCUAAGCCUACAUCCGAAGAGAUAACUAUGCUUGCAGGUUCCCUUUGCAUGGAGAAAGAAGUGGUUCGAGUUUGGUUCUGUAAUAGAAGGCAAAAGGAGAAGCGAAUAAAUCCACCGCCCAAUUCAUCUGGAACCUCACCAACACCUAAUGGAUCAGGUUCACCGUUUCACGCAAACCUUUCAAUGGGCUCAAAUGGUUUGACAAACAGCAAUCCAAACAGCCCGAUUCCAUCACCAAUUGAACAGUAAAAGCAAGAUCAAACAAAAGUACUCUAAGAUACUUAUAAAUAUAUCUUUACCCGGUAUCCUGCAUCAACACCAUCAUAUUGACCUGUUAACUCUGAUGACUUGUCCUUUCAUCAUCUCUACUUCAAUCAUUCUAAUUAUCAAAAACAUAUUAACUACAUUCUCAACUAAUUAUUUGUCCCAGUAGUCUUUUAAUUUUUCAGUUUCAAGAAAACUCAGAAAAGAAAAAUUGAACAGUUUCAUUGACUCUGCAUCCUAGUGCAACUCAAUUGAUCCUCUUACUGGCGGUCAAAUAAUCAGUUAAUUCAAUGUAAUACCCGUUGUUUUUUUCUGUUUUUACUUUUAUUUCCAUCUUGUUAAUGUUAAUGAUAUGCUUAAAAUUUCAUCCUCUUUAUCACUCCCAGCAAAUUUAAGCUCCAAUCCCUUUCUGAUCCAUCUUCUUCUCCUCCUUCUCCUUCUGGAUAUUGUAUAAAAUUUAAAAAGCAAAGAGUUGAAAACUCCUUUCAACCUUCCUUUUUCAUCACAAACUUGAGCCUUUCUCCUCUUUUACCUUACUUUUUUACAUUCAAUCGCAUGAGAGAUGGUAACGCAAGGAAACCAUUAACAGGCACUCAACAAAGAUUCACACAACAGUAACACAAUACCAAAUUGGAAAAAGGCUAAACUAUAAAAAUCAACUGAUGCAUAAUGAUAAUAAUAAUAUUACAUGAAAAGUUAUCAUUAGUUACUGCACAUGAGUUGUUGAUACAGUUUCAUCUAUCAACAACUCCAGUUGAACAUUAUCAUCACUAAUAAUAAUCAAAUAGCAAACCUGAACACACAACAAACACACUCAAUCCGUUUAACAAAUGCAGUAAACCCUUUAAUAAAUUGAUUAACAAUGAUGAAAAAGGAAAGGAAAGAUAAUUUACAAGACACAAAAUACACUAACAUAAAUCACAAUAGACACUCAUUAAUUGUGAAUUACAAUUUACUUUUCUUUUGUUUCUCCCUCUUUUCAAUUUAUACAUAUUCAAGUGUAUUUUUAACCAUGAAACAACUGUAUGGAGAUGAGACAUUUUUCAUUUCUUAAUUGUACAGCCAAAUUGAUAAUAAUAACAAUAUUAUGUACUAUUAUUACUUUAAUCAGAAAUCAGACUGAAAUGAUACAAUACAAAAAUCUAACACAUUAAUGAUCAUGAUAAAUAUAUACAAGAAACAAACACAAAAUAGUAUGAAAAAAAGGGCAAAGCAACAAAAGAAAAAUGAAUAUGAAUGAUUAUUAUUAUUACUAUUAUUAUUAUUACUAUUGCUAUUAUCAUUCUUAUUACUAUUGAGUUUGAUUAUUAGUCAUAAGACAAAAUAAAUCAAUGCAAUCUUACCUUUUUUAUCCUCGUUUUUUGUCAUGAAGAUGAUCAUGAUGAUGUUAGUGAUGAUCAUGUAUAAAAAACACACACACACACAAUAUAGUCAAAUAAAUCAUUAACUUCACUUGUAUCUUCAUCAUCAACAUAUUAUCCAAAACAUUUUCCCAUUCCUAAAACAAGGAACCCUAACCAUGGCAAUUAUCAUUCCUUUCACCAUUUUUCAUCCUCAUCUUCAUCUCUCUUCCUCUCUCCGUUUUAAUCUUACCUUUUCAUGUUUGUCAUUCUUGACCUUUGUUUUUAUCUGUUGAAUGUAACUUCACCAAGGAAAAUAUGGAAAAGCAAAAAUCUUUCAAUUUGUUAUUUCACAUUUUACUUUAAUUUAUAACCAUUAUUGCUAUUGAAUAUAUAUAUAAAUAUAUUAUUGAUAUUAAUACCAAUGAUUCUUGCGGCAACAAUUUUAGUAACAAAAGCUUCAACAAUAAUCUGGAUUCUGGUCGCAUGGACCCGAUUUAACAUGUAGAAAUGGACACCAAUCUCAUGCUCAUCUUUAUCAUCUUUAUUAUGUCAAAAACACUUUCCAUUGAUGGUCAUCUUCUUAAACCUCUUUCUUUGUCAAUGGCUUUUAUCAUCAAGAAAACACCAGACUCAUCAUCAUCAUCAUCUUUACUUUUCUCUCCUUCCUGGUCUUGUGUUUUUUUUCCUUGGCAUAUAAAUUAUCAUCAUGUCACUAAAACAGCAAUGAGACUGAAAAUAAAACAUGAGCAAAAAAUUGAA